CCCCAAAGCUGCACAUCUCACCCCCUAGUACUUGUAUAUAAGUGACGGUUUUGAGCAUCAAUUAUUUACCUUUCACCUAAAAAAACACAUUAAUUUAUUUUUAUACUAUUGGUUACAGUAAAAUUUGUUUCAUUUCUUAUUUUUAAUUUAUCUGCAUACUAAAAGAAAACGAUAAUGAUACAAUAAUAAAAUAUAUCAAUCGGUGCCGGCAUUUCACAUCCUUUGGUCGGAGUUUACGAAGCCAAUGAAAUUUGGUUUUAUAUGAAGUCAAAUCACCCAAAGCAAGUUCCCAAUUAUAUCAAAUCAGCUCAAACUAGAAAGCUUUCCCAAUAAUGGCCGAGGAAGAUAAGAAGCAGCAGGCAGACAAAUCCGGCGAGGAAGCACCUCCGCAGCGAUUCGCCGGACCAGGAUCGUUCGGCGGAAUGGGUGGAUCGACGGCUGGUCCGAAAAAGACAUGGCCGGAACUGGUGGGGUUGACGAGCGAAGAAGCGGAAAGAAGGAUCAAGGAAGAGAAACCGGGUGCUAACGUGCAGAUUGUUCCUGAAGGUUGUUUCGUUACGAUGGAUUACAGAACAAACCGGGUCCGGAUCUUCACUGGAUCCGAUGGAAAAGUCGUCCGUGCACCUAUGAUUGGUUAAAAUUCUCAUCUCAGAUUGUUACUUUCUGUCAUAACAAAUCUGCAGCUUGUGAGUUUAUUGAGUUGACUUUUUAAGGUGAAGAUUAACUACUGUUUCUGAAUUUGUGGCCAACUUCUUUGUGUUGUAAUAUAAAGUAUAAACACACCUUUUAGUAGCAGAAAAUAAAGUCGCUGCCUGUGUUAAUAAACCAUGGUAGUAAUUCCUUUCGUAUGGCGAGUAUGUUUGGAUUAAUCAAGCAUCAUAGGGGUCUACUUUGGUGAAUCCUACUAAUUGGUAGCGGAGGGAGUAAAAGUAAAUCUAGAAACUGCAAAAAAGUUGCAGUAGCUUGAAUGAAUACGUUUCAGUUGAAGCC